UAAUUAGGGUAAAAAGGUUCAAGGGCUAUAGGAAAGUGGGUAAGACUAUUAUUUCCAUAUUGUUUCCUGAAAAAUAGUAAAAUUCUAUUGAGACUUUUUUUUCUGGUCCUUGUGAGGGUUCAGUUCUAGCCCAAGGUACUUCUCGACUGUUAAUCCAUUGAUCCUGCCAAUCUUAAGUCUGCUCAGUGCAUCCCUUCUGCAGGAGGACCAUUUGGCACCCCCAUAGGCACUCGCACCUGUGGGAACCAAUGGGCGUUGUAACAGGAAAUAACUUCGGCUCGCCUAUUCCAAUAGUAACGAGCAGCACCCAGGUCACGCUGCUUCAGUUUGCAGUUCCUUACUGGGAUUACACAAGGUUUCUUGAAGAUGUGUUAUGAUAUCGAAGCCUAAGAGAGAAGCAACUUGAAAUUUGAACAUGAUCAUGUGAACAGUUGUUCGCCUUUUCUUCCUGACCGAAGAGUUGGUGCACCAUAUAUACAAAAGCCUGAAGUUAUAAAGGCGAAAAUAAGAUUGCUGCUAAAAAUGAAUCUUAGCAACACAGUGUACUUUGUGCCGCACAGAAAAAGGUACUGAAGCUCCACCAAAGCUUUUGUCGAUGAGAGGGAAAGCCAUCCAGAAGCAGGGUGCUUGCAGCAUUGGUCACCAUGCGUAAAGGGGCCCCCAAGGACCCAGAGAUUGCGGACCUGUUCUACAAGGACGACCCCGAAGAACUCUUUAUCGGUUUGCAUGAAAUUGGACAUGGAAGUUUUGGAGCAGUUUAUUUUGCCACAAAUGCUCACACUAAUGAGGUGGUGGCAGUCAAGAAAAUGUCCUACAGCGGGAAGCAGACACAUGAGAAAUGGCAAGACAUUCUUAAGGAGGUUAAGUUUUUACGACAGUUGAAGCAUCCUAACACCAUUGAGUACAAAGGUUGUUACUUGAAAGAACAUACUGCCUGGUUGGUGAUGGAGUACUGCUUAGGCUCAGCCUCUGAUUUGCUAGAAGUUCAUAAGAAACCACUUCAGGAAGUGGAGAUUGCUGCCAUUACCCACGGGGCCUUGCAGGGGCUGGCCUACCUGCAUUCUCACGCGCUGAUUCACAGGGAUAUUAAAGCAGGAAAUAUUCUCCUGACAGAGCCAGGUCAGGUGAAACUAGCUGAUUUUGGAUCUGCCUCAAUGGCUUCUCCUGCCAAUUCCUUCGUGGGCACCCCUUACUGGAUGGCUCCAGAGGUGAUCUUGGCUAUGGAUGAAGGACAGUAUGAUGGAAAAGUUGAUAUUUGGUCACUUGGGAUCACCUGUAUUGAAUUGGCUGAACGGAAGCCCCCACUUUUCAACAUGAAUGCAAUGAGUGCCUUAUAUCACAUCGCCCAGAACGACUCUCCAACGCUACAGUCUAGUGAAUGGACAGACUUCUUUAGGAGAUUCGUAGAUUACUGCUUGCAGAAAAUACCUCAGGAAAGGCCAACAUCAGCGGAACUGUUACAGCAUGACUUUAUUCGAAGAGAGCGGCCCCCACGAGUCCUCAUUGACCUCAUUCAGAGGACAAAAGAUGCUGUGCGUGAGCUCGAUAACCUACAGUACCGGAAAAUGAAGAAAAUCCUCUUCCAAGAAACACGGAAUGGACCCCUGAAUGAAUCACAGGAGGACGAAGAAGACAGUGAACAUGGAACCAGCCUGAGCAGAGAAAUGGACAGCCUGGGAAGCAACCAUUCCAUCCCCAGCAUGUCCGUGAGCACAGGCAGCCAGAGCAGCAGUGUCAACAGCAUGCAGGAGGUCAUGGACGAAAGCAGCUCUGAGCUCGUCACGAUGCAUGAUGACGAAAACACGCUCAGUCCCAGCGCCUCUGUCGUGCACAAGAAGGAUCAUGUAUUCAUAAGGGAUGAGGCGGGCCACGGCGAUCCCAGGCCUGAGCCGCGGCCUACCCAGUCAGUUCAGAGCCAGGCCCUCCACUACCGGAACAGAGAGCGCUUUGCCACGAUCAAAUCAGCAUCUUUGGUUACACGGCAGAUCCAUGAGCAUGAGCAGGAGAACGAGCUGCGGGAACAGAUGUCAGGUUAUAAGCGGAUGCGGCGCCAGCACCAGAAGCAGCUGAUCGCCCUGGAGAACAAGCUGAAGGCUGAGAUGGACGAGCACCGCCUCAAGCUGCAGAAAGAGGUGGAGACACAUGCCAACAACUCAUCCAUCGAGCUGGAGAAGCUGGCCAAGAAGCAAGUGGCUAUCAUAGAAAAGGAGGCAAAGGUAGCUGCAGCAGAUGAAAAGAAAUUCCAGCAACAGAUCUUGGCCCAGCAGAAGAAAGAUUUGACAACUUUCUUAGAAAGUCAGAAGAAGCAGUAUAAGAUUUGUAAGGAAAAAAUAAAAGAGGAAAUGAAUGAGGACCAUAGCACACCCAAGAAAGAAAAGCAAGAAAGGAUAUCCAAGCAUAAAGAAAACUUGCAGCACACACAAGCUGAAGAGGAAGCCCACCUUCUCACUCAACAGAGACUGUACUACGACAAAAACUGUCGUUUCUUCAAGCGGAAAAUCAUGGUCAAGCGGCACGAAGUGGAGCAGCAGAACAUUCGGGAGGAACUCAACAAGAAGAGGACCCAGAAGGAGAUGGAGCACGCCAUGCUGAUCCGGCACGACGAGUCCACCCGAGAACUGGAGUACAGGCAGCUGCACACAUUACAGAAGCUACGCAUGGAUCUGAUCCGUUUACAGCACCAGACUGAGCUGGAAAACCAGCUGGAGUACAAUAAGAGGCGAGAAAGGGAACUGCACAGAAAGCAUGUCAUGGAACUUCGGCAACAGCCGAAAAACUUAAAGGCCAUGGAAAUGCAAAUUAAAAAACAGUUUCAGGACACUUGCAAAGUACAGACCAAACAGUAUAAAGCACUCAAGAAUCACCAGUUGGAAGUUACUCCAAAGAAUGAGCACAAAACAAUCUUAAAGACAUUGAAAGAUGAGCAGACAAGAAAACUUGCCAUUUUGGCAGAGCAGUAUGAACAGAGUAUAAAUGAAAUGAUGGCCUCUCAAGCGUUACGGCUUGAUGAGGCCCAAGAAGCAGAAUGCCAGGCCUUGAGGCUACAGCUCCAGCAGGAAAUGGAGCUGCUCAAUGCCUACCAGAGCAAAAUCAAGAUGCAAACAGAGGCACAACACGAACGGGAGCUCCAGAAGCUAGAGCAGAGGGUGUCUCUGCGCAGAGCACAUCUUGAGCAGAAGAUUGAAGAGGAGCUGGCUGCCCUUCAGAAGGAACGCAGCGAGAGGAUAAAGUACCUCCUGGAAAGGCAAGAGCGAGAGAUUGAAACUUUUGACAUGGAAAGCCUCAGAAUGGGAUUUGGGAAUUUGGUUACGUUAGAUUUUCCUAAGGAGGACUAUAGAUGAGAUUAAAUUUUUUUUUUUUUUUUGCCAUUUACAAAAAAAAAAAAGAAAGAAAAAAGAAAAAAAAAGAAAACUGAAAAAAAAAAUUCAGACCCUGCAAAACCACAUUCCCCAUUUGAACGGGCGUUGCUCUCAACUCUCUCUCUCUCUCUCUCUCUCUCUUACUGACAUCCUGUCGGACUAGUGCCUGUUUAUUCUUACUCCAUCAGGGGCCCCCUUCCUCCCCCCGUGUCCACUUUCAGUGCUGGCCAAAACCCGGUCGUCUCUUCUACUCAUAGUACACGUCACAGUAUGGAUGUGGUUCAAAAAUGUUUCAGUGAAAACUCUGGAGACAGUUUUAACAAAACCAAUAAACAA